GGCCUCUCCUCCCUCCCUGGCUGCCCAACCCAUCAGAAUUCAUUCAUUUCUCUAGCCCCCCCCUUCCCUUCCCCGCAACUACUCUCUACUCUCUACUACACGCUUCCCAGAAACAGAGGAACCCAGAGACCAUACCAGGAACCAAAUUUGCCCAAGCGAUCCGGUCGCCUAUCCGGCAACGGAUCGAGCCUGUCCUUUGCUGCCGCCGGCGCCGACGCCGAUGGGUUCGGCCGAUCACAGUGAGAUCGACGGGAUCGUGGUGGCGGAGAGAGGCGCGAGGAGCUGCGUCGAAUGCCGCGCCACCACCACGCCCAUGUGGCGCAGCGGCCCGACCGGGCCCAGGUCGCUUUGCAAUGCUUGCGGGAUCCGGUACCGGAAGAAGAGGAGGCAAGAGCUUGGAUUAGACCACAAGCAGCAGCAGCAGCAGCGAUCACAACAUAAUGGUGAGGCCACAACUGAAGUAAAAGACAGUAGCAGCAGCAGCAGCGGGAGCAGCAACUUGCAGGCGGUGCAGAAACGGAGGCUCCUAAUGGGCGUGGAGGAGGCUGCGUUGUUGCUUAUGACCCUGUCUUCCUCACCCACAUCCACAUUGCUACAUGGCUAAGAACCCUACAACUCCAAACAAACGAUGUACAUACACACACAUAAACCUGCACACCCAGUACCCAACGAUUCCAAUCCAACCAUACAAGUUUCUCAGUUUAUCUUCACCUGGAUAAGAUAGGGAGGGGAGGGGCCCUAUCUCAAGAUUCUGUGAUCUUGCGAUUGGGGGGGGGGGGGUUGGUUUAGUGCCUACCUAAUGACUCCAUCCUCUUCGUUCUCCUCAGUUGCGCCGCACCAUCGUAGAUCUUGGUCAUGUCAGUGUGAAGCUUAUCUGUUCUGUGAUUUGUGGUAGGCUCCAUGAUCGGAGGUCUGUUGAUCUCACUCCCCCACACAUCUUUUUCUCCUUUUUUUUUGUUCUUUGUAUGUACUUUGAUGUUGCCCCUUUGUGAGGGAUUGACGAUCGAAAGCAGACGUCGACCCUCUUCAUUCUGAAAUAAAAAGGUGAAAGUAAUAAGAAAAGGCUUUUUAUUGUUCAUUUCA